AUGAAUUCACGACGUCAGUCUAAUGGAGAGGGUACAUCGGAAGAUGUUUGUGCCAGUACACCAUUUAAUUUUAAGCGUGCUAAACGCUUUUCCGUACUUCGUGAGGACAACGCCUGCCAGCUGAGUGAUGACAAUGAAGACAACGUACCACUAGCACAAUUGAAGGAUCGUACUCAGCCUAAGCAAUCAGACGAUGGCAGUAAAAAGAAAAUGAAGCAGGCCACUCUGUUUCAGUUUGGUAAGAAGAAUCCUGCUAAAGAUCAAACAACGAGCUUGUCAACUGUGAAUCGUCCUAAAAAGAGUAUCAAUGAACGGAGUGUACUACCUCGAGUUGCCCAACAUCUCAUCAAAAUGUAUGAAGAAAACCGAAAUAAUCCAGCUAUAGAAACUCAAAUCAAACUCUGUGCCAAGUUCAUCAGUGAUGUGGAUAUACUCAAGUUGCCUGUCGAAUUGCGUGAUCCCGUACGAGAAAAGAAGGAGGCAUUUGCAUUCAAGAAAAAAUUAUUGACUAUGUCACCAGCUCAACGAAAAGAAGCACUUCAAGAAAUGAGAGAAAAGCGACGAAUGGAGUAUAUUCAUGCCAAAAAAUUACUUGAUGAUCAGCAGCUUAUGAAAUCGUUACCUCAUUGCCCUCGUUUACCUGAACCUUCUAAAAUUGAACUUCCUAGUGGUUUUACAGAAUCCCUCUUUGGGCGUUUGUUAGGAUUAACGGAGUUUUUCCAUGUAUUUCAUAGCUUACUCGUCGAAGCAUCUGUGGAUAGUGUUGAAAUGGAUACUAUGCCUGACAAUGCAAUCGUGUCUACUUUCAUUCGCUCUCCACUUGAGUCACUUGUACCUGGUGCUGGCGAACCUGGUUACUCUGAUGAUGAUGACGAAGGAAAUACUGAUGAAGAAGAGGAGGAAGCUGAACUUUCUGAAUCAACUGCACCACUCCCCAAAAUAUGCUUGAAAGCAUUGCGUCGCCUUGGGCUGAAACGUCUUCUUAACGCUAUUUCUACAAAUAAUCCAUCAGCUGGUGCUUAUCGGUCACUAGCUCGUCCUUUAAGUGUCUUACUACGCUUAGCUUUAAGAGAUGAACAGUUAAGUAAAAAGUGUGAGUUGGGUAUAAAACUUUCAAAACUCCCAGUUACGCCGUAUACAGCUCCUGAACUCCUCAGGUUGACACUUUUACACGAGGUUCCAUUGAAUCUUUCUUCUGUAACUGGAUCGGAACAACUACCAAACCACAAUAAUCUUAUCACAGAGUUUAAGCAGUUUGAACAGAAUACUUUGACGCAGCUCAUCCAUCACCUAUCUAACUCUGAUCUACACGAACUCUUUCCUGAAGCACGCGUUUUAGCCUUGGAAUUCGCUGUAGAGAAGAUUUUUGACCUUGAUCUUAUCGAUGAUUAUAUCAUGGCGUGUCAGCGUCGAGCGGCUGAUGCCUGGCAAAAGAAAAGCCAAAUGCUGCGUGAUAAGAAUUUACGUAAGAAGGAUAAGAAAGAUAGUGCAGUUGAAGCUGGUAAAGCUAACAGCAUAUCUGCCAGUCAAAACGAUGAGUCCACGUCGAAAACGAACGGUUCUGCAACCGAGCAGAAGGAUGAAGCUGAAUUCGACAAUGACUUAGCAUCAAUUGUAAAAAACAGACGCGCUCUAGCUGCACGAGCAGCAGCAGAAAAAGAAGAAAAGGAGAAUCUUGAACGUCAACGACGUCUGGAAUUGGCUCAAGAAUAUGCUGAAGAACGUGCUAUAAAUAUGGUCACUCGACUUUAUGAUGUUCGCUCUACAGAGGCUAAAUGUGUUCUUCGUAUCAAUCCCAUCGGUUAUGAUCGGUAUUAUCGCCGAAUAUGGUACUUUCGUUGUUCUCCUGAUCGUUUAUUUUUGGAGGCUAAUUGGGCUUGCUCAGAUAUCAUGUACUCAGCUGAUCCAUCAAAGAAGGCCAACAGUGCAGAUGAUACAUUCCCGGAACCUGCUCAUGUGGCUAUGAAAGACGAUAAGCCAAACAGCGGAACAUUAUCUAGAUCCUGGAGUAGUUGGUACUUUUAUGAUCACCCACAGCAGUUGGACGAAUUAUCAAGUUCUCUAUUAACAAGUGGUAUUCGAGAAAGUCAAUUGAAGAAUCAACUUCUAACAGAUGGAUUUUUAGAGUCACUAAAGAAAAGAUGGAAAUGUACUCCUAUUGAUGAAUCCCCUAUAAAUGCAGAGGAUACUACCGCAGGCGAAACUCCAGCGAAUUCAGUCAAAAGAGUACCCGAGAAACGUAAUCUUGACGCUGGGGCUGCUUUGGCGGUGGCAUUAUUGAAGAAUAUUUUAGAUACCGAAGUCCGGUUAAGAUCUGGUGGUCUUGGCGGCGUACCAGACUUCACAAAAUGGCAAGAACGUUUAGCCCGGAUACAAACAUCCUAUGGAUUCCCAGAAAAUGCUGUUGUUGGACAUUUAUCUUUAAAACACGUCUCAUCAUCUUUAUUCAAUCAAUCGGAAGCUUCGAAUAAAGCAGAACUUGGCAGUGCUUUGAUUGAAGUAGCUGAAAAUAUAAUGCCACGAUUUUUAAAUGUACCUGAUCUAUGUACCAAGUCAAAAUUAAGUUCCAUUCAUCAUGGAACAGAUCCUGUAAAUGGUUUGAAAAACUCAAUACUUGAUCGUGCAUCUCGUGCUAAUUCUUCAUCGGGUGAAGAGUCAGAUGCAUCUGAAAGCAGUCAUUCUCAAAAACUAGAUAAAGCUGUUUUGGAUCCUGAGGCUCAUGAACUACGAACGCGUACUUGGAUGACCGCAUGGCGCAAUGAAGUUCAAAACGCUCGUACUCUUGCUCGGUUGAAUCUCUUACAUGCUUGUCUGGAUACUUGUGUUCGUUGGGAGAAGUCGGUUGAAGAUGCUCGCUGUCGCGUCUGUCGUCGGAAAACAGAUGAUGAUAACCUACUUCUAUGCGAUGGAUGCAAUCUAGCCUUCCAUCUUUACUGUUUGCGUCCUCCAUUGAAACGUGUACCGGCUGGUGACUGGUUCUGUCCUACGUGCAGACCAGUUUCGCGUGCCCUCGAAAAGCGUAAGCGUGAAGAACGCCUAGCUCGAUCUGCAAGACGACGGAAACAUGCUAUAUCAUCUGAUGAAGAACAAUCAAAUUUUGACGAUGAUCAAGAAAGCGCUGAAGCUGAAAGUGUUUCAACAACUAAGCGUCAAAAUCCUCGUGUGCGUAGAUCCAAAAAUGGUAAUGAUUUAGUUCCGCGUGCGAAACGUUCAGUUAGUCCAACCAGUCGUAAUCCAGUUUCGUCAAGGAGUAUCAAACAUGACACAUCUUGUCUUGUCUGUUCACAUUCAUUUGGUGAUCUGGUUUCUUGCUCCACUUGUCCAAAUAUAUUUCAUCUAGACUGCCAUGAACCUUCUUUGCAUCACAUCCCACGCGGAGAUGGUUGGCAGUGUUCCAGCUGUCGAUUAAAUAAGAAACGCUCAACUAUAACAAGCUAUUUUCAGAGCAGAGACUACCGUCGAAAAGUCUACCAAGGAAAUUUUAAAAAGAGAACCAUAAGUCCUGAAGAACACAGUGAAGAUGAAUUCAUAAAUAAUACAUCUGCCCGUUUAACUCGUAGGCGAAAUAAAUCCCGGCGAAGUGUUGCGACUUCUGAUACAGAUGAUCAGCGGCAAUCAAGUGAAGCAUCUUCUGAUGUGGAAACUCGUUCUGGUAGUCAGCGACCGAAUUCUCGCCGACGAAUUGCUUCACAAUCAGUAUUCACUCUCAGUUCACAAUUAAAUAAGCAAGCUAAGCGUAGACGAUGUCACUUUUCGAGUCUGGAUGAUACUUCUUCAGAAACAGAACAAAUGGAUGAAAGGUCAUCUGAGACUUUGUGUUCUCAAAUUCUAGGUGCCGUAUAUAAGCAUAAACAAUCAUGGCCGUUUAGAAAACCUGUAGAUAGAAAUCAGGUACCAGACUAUUAUGAAAUAAUUACCGACCCUAUUGACUUAUCAGUAAUGCGUGACGGGCUUUCAAAAGGACGGUAUAGUGCAGAAACUGUUACCGCAGGUUUGGAAAAAUUGGUACAUGAUUUCGGCACUAUGUUUUACAACGCUGAAUUAUACAAUGCUGCUGACUCAGAUGUUUGGUUGGCUGGAGAACAGUUGGAAAAUUUCGUAAAAAAUCAGUUUGCUCAGUUAAAUACAGGUGUUGUGUACUCUAGACCGGCACUUGGUGACUUGUAA